AUGUAUCGAUCUGGUCGCCAUAUUCUUGGCAGAUGUGAAGAACGACCGAAGAAAACAGUUGGAAAUUCAGCUGGGUGUCCGAGCAUGAAAGAAAAGCCCAGCAAUUCUGAUCCUCGACACCUUAUGGAUGAUGUCUCUGAAGCUUGCAACAACGACACUGCUGAUUUAACAGGUUCAUUGGACACGGAUCUUCUUCCAAUCUCAGACGAGUCAGAUGAACUCGACUUCCAGCCUCUGGAUAAUGAGAAUCCAAUACGGCCUCUCAUUAGUAUUGCUGCUCAUGACCUGUUCCACCAGUAUCUGACUCGAAAUCACACUCGCGGAGGGGCGGCAUCGACUGGUAACUCUUCUUCUACCUCGGCAUCAGCUGCAGCACAAGGGGAAGGCGGGAAUCUGACCCCUACCUGCGCAGGCAAGGGAAAACGCAAAGCUGAGAGCGAACUGAAGUCGAGUCGAGAGCCGAACAAAACAUCGGACUCGUCUAAAGAGAUCCGGAAACCACAGCUGACGUUGGCAUGCCCGUUUUGGAAGCUGGACUCAAACAGACACCAUGUUUGUGCUCCACCCGUACAUCGGGCUUUGGAGACCGCGGGGUUACUGCCCGGCGUCACAACUGAAGAGGAGUCGCAACAUGUUCGAAGAGUUGUGAACGAGGCCUUCUAUGUGAUGCAACAAGAAUGGAUUUCAAGCCGAACCAUGGUGCGAGGAGGAGCGAACCAAAGACAUUCUCAUUCCAACAUAUACCGUGACAAUACUCGUCUAGUGGGAAGGUCGAGAACACCCACUGCCUCUUUACCGGAUAGCGGGAUCGUUAUGGGACCACAGAAUAACACAUCCUCCCGAAGUCCAAAUCAGUCUUCGCUCUCCGCAAGCCACUCGGGCUCAAGAGAUCUGCAAAACUCAGACAACUCAAUACCGCAAGGUAUCACAGGGCUGGACGAUGAACUCGAAAACUUGCCCACUCCUACUGAGCAAUUUACCAACACAGGCUGGGGCCCUCCACCUACCCUAGAUAUCUGUAAACAAAAUCAUUCGGAGGAAGUUUUUGGAGCAACUUCAGGCACAACCAACUUUAGCGCGAUUCCUGGAGCUCAUGAGUCAGCCGAAUCUUUGCCUUGGGAAUGGAACAACGGCAACUCUCUGUUGUUUGAAGGUGACGCGGUAGACUUUACACCGCCGGAGGCACCUGCUUCUUUAGACUGA